AUGGGUAUGCCUCGCUCUUCUCCAACUCCAACCUCCGCCACACCCUUGCAACAUCCACCUUCUCGACCACUGCUUUCGCGAAGCGCUGUCACUGUUGCCCUCCGCCGCAUGUCAGGCGCAUCCUCGCCUGCGCUUGAGACGUCGGAGCUGGCUGUGGCAGCUGACUGCAUAGGUCAUGCGCCUCUGAAGCUCACCGGCCUCAGGCUCUAUCACUCGACCAAGAAGCUUGCUAACCUCGAUCGCUCUUACUCGGAAGCAGGUCAUAAUCGAACAAUGUCUCCCGAGAGCGUUUCGUCCUUGUUUCCGCAGAGACCCAUUCGUCCUUUGCCCAAGCGUCGUCUGCGGGAACGCCUUUCCCCCGAUGUCGCGGACUCCAUCGAGUACCCCCCGGCGAACCAGAACUCCAGCCCCCUGUUUUACUACCCAAACAUUGCACGAGAUGAACGUCCGGCGAGGACAGGGGGGCCAAACUAUACCAGUCGAGGUGAUGUUGGAUAUGAUGACAGCCCGCGAGGCAUCGGGGGAGCCGGGGAGAGUGAUGAGGAGGAGCUCGCCCUCAGCAGCAGCAAGGUUGUUCGUCGCUCGCAUCCAGAGAUCUUGAACCGCAUGCCAACGAUGCCUCCGAAGCCCGAACACUCCAAACACCCGAAUCCACAACCCCCACCCUCGACAGCAUCUUCCGUAGAUGGGUACGAGUCCUUUGAGAAUACCAACAACAAGAAGAAGCGGAAGAUACCAACGGCUGGAGAUUCGGCACUCUCUGCUGUGCACUCGCUAGGAGACAUAAACUCUCUUGGUGUGUCGGCGACAGCCUCUCCGUCAAACGACCAUGGUGACCUUGUUGGAUCAGUAUCGCCGUCAUACUAUGGGGCCGGAAGUGUUGUUGCGAACAGCCAGGGCAUCUCGGGACCAGGGAGAGGCAGAUUCGGCAGGUCACGGAACGGUAGAAGCCCUCUCAGAGCUCUGUCCGACGCAACGAACAACUGGGUUGGUAGGGGAGCCAAGAUCCGGCCGCCUCAAUGGGCAACGCCAGGCGAAAAUCACGGCAUUAUAUCUAGUGCCAUCGCUAAUGCCGAAAAACUCCCAUCGACUCCGGGGCAGGAAAAUGUAAGCCUGUUACAUCAGCAUUCCUCCAGUGUCAAGUCUAGCCCGACUGCUACACAAUUCACCUUCACCUGCGACUCGCCUGUCCCCAAGCCUCAGUGGCCAGGGACUGAUCCUGCUGGUUCUCAGUCUGGAUACGGCCCUGUUGGCAAAGCCAAGCACAGUUCAAUGGCGACGCAGACCCCGUCGGACCUGGCCAGCACGCAUGCUGGCCAACCUACAGCGCCAACCGGCAAGCCAAAUGCCCAGCCUGGCGCGUCGAAGAAGAAAAGUCGUUGUCGAGCCGAGAAGGAACUUCGAAUGGCGGCUAAGCAGCGCCGCCAGGAAGCCGAGUACAAGUAUUACAACAAUCCGCCCAAGCCUGAGGAUAUGUGGAUUUGCGAAUUCUGCGAAUACGAGCGCAUCUUUGGCGAGCCCCCCUUCGCCUUGAUUAGACAAUACGAGAUCAAGGACCAGAAAGCCCGACGGAAGGAAGAGGAACGCAAGCGACUCCUGGAGAAGGCCAAGGCUAAGAGCCGGAAGGGAAAGAAACCAGCCAAGUCGCCCGGCAAGGCGCCUUCACCCCAGAACCUGUCCCAGGAUCAAGGUGGCAAUGUGCCCAUGACCUCGGCUGUGAGCAACUCUACUCAUGACGACGACUAUGUUGACGAUUAUCCGCAUGACGAUGAGGACUUUGAGGGCUCGUACUCUCAGGAGGACCCACCGAUGCUUCUUAGCGAUGAUCCAGACGGUGAUCAGGAACAUGAUUGCACCUGCCCAACGUGUGGAGACUGUGGCGGACGCGAGAAACAAGUAGACGACCCCGGCGAUACCAUUCAGUGAAACGUUAUCUGGCAAGGACUUCGUGGGACACAAGAACCAUAGUCCGGAUGUUGGACUUUUGUGCCUUUUCGCCUACUUUAACACCACUUAUUCUUUCGAGACGCUUUCAACGCGAACUCGACGACGACGACGACGACGUGCUCGGGAGGACGCAAAGGGAAUGAUGGUUAUUGGAUAGAUGGCUGCUAGAGGGAACAAAUCGUUGAUCUUCUCAAAGGAUCAGUCAAUCAUCGUCAUUACGUCCCUUUGAUACAGUCAACAAUUACGCUUGCGACAGCUUCACUUUUGACUGCGUCAUCGGCGCCAUCGCCAUCACAACAAGGAGCAUUGCUCUCGAACAUGCCCCCCAGUUACGAAGGGAGUUAAACGAGUCAACCAUUUUAGGGUACAAGCCAACGCAUCGAUGAAUGGGCACAGCUAGACUCGUCCCUUACCCGGGAUGUUGAGCUGUUUGAAUCUUGGACAUGCAGUUGCAGGACGAGAACACAGUUUAGGAUGUGGAGCAUCAGUACGGAAGGAAGGGGGGCAAAAUCCCCGGGAUACGUCUAACUACAUGAGGCCCAGUCUGGUUUUUCUUGUAAGGACUGAUUCGGGGAGCCUUCGACAAGCUUAGACCUCGGUAGCUACUCGUUUAGCGGAACAACCACACUUAUAUGGAUUA